AUGGAGUUUCCUCACAAGCCGCCGGCCGUCGACGCUCCUCGCGCUGCGGCGGUCGAUGCAACGGAAGUUGCCGGAAAGUCAAGCCCCGGGGUGCCGAGCCAGCAGGCUUCCCACGUAGACGCUCCUGUGAAACCAUGUGCUGCUUCCCCAACUGCAAACGGCGCAUCUAAGGCGCCAGCGAAUGCUACAUCACUUGUAAAGCAGCUUAGAGACCGUACUUCCGUCAGCUUCGGGCUUUGCAAGCAGGCUCUUGAGGCAACAGAGUGGGAUGCGGAGAAAGCUGUCCUCUUCUUACGAAAAGCCGGCAUUGCCAGGGCAGCAAAAACUGCACUUCGCGAUGCCCAAGAAGGAGUUGUUUCAGUUGUUGGAUCCAGAGAAGGAAGCAGCUGGAGUGCUGUGGUGCUGAACUGUGAAACCGACUUCGUCCAGCGCAGUCCAAAGUUCGUGGCCUUCUCCAAGGCCCUUGCAGAGCAUUGCCAUUCUAUUUCAAGUGGGGACAAUACAACUCAGGGUGAUCCAGGACCGACAGACACUUCAGAUGGUGUAGUUUCUCAACUGAAGAGUUCGCAACCUUCAGCGCAACUUUCCGCAUGCGCUCAAAGCUGCAGUGCCAACACACCGGCUUCGGUGCAGGAGCUUCUGGUCGAUCUUGCGACGCAGUUUGGGGAAAAUAUCGUCAUCACAGCAGUGGAACGCAUUGAUGCUGCGGCCGAUUCCUGCAUCGGUGCUUAUGUGCACGGAGAAAUCGAAGCUGGCGUGGGCACGGUGGCUGCUCUUGUGGAGAUCCACUACGCUGUAUUGGAUGACACACAGGCAUGUGCAUCCUUGCACAAACGUGUAGCCGAGCUUGCAAAGCUUCUCUCCAUGCAGGUUGUUGCGACCAAACCCAGGUUCAUCAGUAUGGACUCUAUUCCUGACUCAUUUGUGGAAACGGAACGCGCGAUCAUUGAAGCAGCUGCGCAGAAGAAAAGUGCGGCAGGAUCUUCGGGGGGAACAAAACCGGUCGAUCUGACAAAGGUCAUUGAAAAACGGCUAAAGCAUUGCCUAGAGGAGCAAUGUCUUCUGCAGCAGGAAUUUUUAAUGAUGGGCCGCGUUCAGAAUGCUUUCGACAAUGACGGAGCUGGCGGGGAAGCACACGAUCCAGCAGAGCAAAGGAACCGGAACCCUUGUACUGUGGCUGACGCAAUCAAAUUCGUAGGACAAAGACUGGGCUGCAAGCUUGAGGUCUCGCGUAUGUGGCUCCUCAGUGUCAGAAGCGUGUGA